AGAGAGAGAGAGAGAGAGAGAGAGAGAGAGGGCUUGUUCGAUGGAAAAGUACUUCGGAAAUGCUUAUCGUGGCGAUCCGGGAGUCCCCCACGGCGAUCCUGAUCGGUUCGCGAACAUCUGGAUAGGAUCCUUCGCCUUCUCUGCCCUCACGUGGUUCGAUCCCUACAUGUGGAAUCUCUCCAACCAGUUCAACUGGCAUGACAAGGCUAUGAUGUUUGAACACUACCACUGGAAGAAAGCAAUGGAGAAGAACCAGCCGUACCAGUUCAAGUGGAACCAGUACAUGAGCAAACCAGUGCGUGACUCAUACUACUACAACUGGCCUGUUUACUUCCCAUAGAUACAUCUCUUCUAGCAUUCUUUUUUCAGUUGCAUUCCUUGUCUUGAACGUGUGACUAGCUAGGGUUGGGCUCAUGGAGACAUAUAUUAAGAGUGUUAAACUUUCUAGGGGUACUGUGAAUUCUUGUUAUCAAUGUAUUUAGCUGUUCAUGCUGUUACUUUUUAAUAAUCUGUGGUCCUUUCAUCUACUGUUA